GAAAGUCGUGUAUACCUUAACUUCGUCAAAGACAAAACAUUAUACUACUAGUUUUCAACUCGUUCACCACUUCGCUGUCCAAAUUCCUAAUUCUUUCCAAGAAACGAUGAGAAUUGGGUCAUCAGAAGUUUGGAUCUUGAUUUCAUUAUUGGUGGUGGCAUGGAGUUCCAGAGGGGCUUUAGGGAUUAGAUUUGUGAUAGACAGAGAAGAAUGUUUUUCCCAUAAGGUUGAAAUGGGAGAAACUGUUCAUUUUUCAUUUGUUGUUAUCAAAUCAGAGGGUUCUUGGCAUUACAGUGAAGAGGGUGUUGAUCUUGUGGUGAAGGGGCCUUCUGGGGAACAGAUUCAUGAUUUUCGUGACAAAAUCAGUGAGAAGACUGAGUUUGUGGCCCACCACGAAGGAGUUUAUCAUUUCUGUUUCACCAACAAAUCACCCUAUCAUGAAACGAUAGACUUUGAUCUACAUGCGGCCCACUUCGUAUACCAUGAUGAGCAUGCAAAAGACGAGCAUUUCAAGCCAUUGUUUGAGCACAUUGGGAAACUAGAGGAAGCUUUAUACAACAUUCAAUUUGAGCAGCAUUGGCUAGAGGCCCAGACAGACCGGCAAGCAAUAGUGAACGAGGGAAUGAGCAAAAGAGCAGUCUACAAAGCUUUGUUCGAGUCCUCUGCUCUCAUUUGCGUUAGCAUCCUGCAAGUUUUCCUCCUAAAGCAUCUUUUCGAAAGAAAGCUGGGUCAGUCCAGAGUUUAGCUUUCGAGAGAGCAGAGGAUAUUUCAACUGCAGAAUCCUUCAAUUUUACAUGUAUUCGCUUUCUGUUCCGUUUCAGAAGACAGGUGGUGUAAAAACUAGAAUGAACAAUUUUCUCCAGAAAUUAAGUUAUUACAAGUCCUUUUUUUUCGGAAUUUAGUUGGGCAGUUGGUGUUGACGACUUUAAAUGAAAGAACAAAGCAUAAAAAGAUUGUUUAUCCUGACUUUGGAGAUUUUUUCAA